AUGGCGCCGACGGGCAUGCCGCGCAAUUUGUCUACGGGCAAGCUAGUGCGCGCCAUGGCGGGAAUUGAAUUGGAUAAAGAAGAAAUGAUCGAAAUGGAUGGCGGCCGAACGGCUCGCCGGGAGGGUCGUUUUGUGUUUGAAUGUGCCUGGGAGGUGGCCAACAAAGUGGGAGGAAUCUAUACCGUCAUCCGCUCAAAAGCGCCGGUCAGCGUGGAAGAGCUCGGAGACCAGUAUUGUCUGCUUGGCCCUCAGAAGCAUGAUCGCUGGAGACUUGAGGUCGAACCCCUUGAUCCAGAGAACCGAACGAUCCGAUCGGCGAUGAAGAGAAUGAGACAAGACGGCUUUAACUGCACCUAUGGACGAUGGCUUAUUGAUGGAUAUCCAAAAGUUAUCCUUUUUGAUCUGGGAAGUGGAGCGUCAAAGAUGAACGACUGGAAACAAGAAUUAUAUGAAAGGUCACAUAUCGGCAUCCCCCACGAAGAUAUCGAGUCAAACGAUGCAGUUAUCCUCGGCUUCAUGGUCGCCAUCUUCCUUAAGCAUUUCCGAGAUUCCGUCCAGAACUAUCAACCUUUAGUAGUUGCUCAUUUCCACGAGUGGCAAGCUGGAGUUGGUCUCAUUAUGUCUAAAAUGUGGCAAACCGAUUUGGCUACCGUAUACACAACCCACGCCACAUUGCUUGGUCGCCAUUUAUGCGCGGGUGGUUGGGAUCUCUACAAUAACUUGGAAAAUAUUGAUGUUGAUGGAGAAGCUGGAAAACGGAAGAUUUAUCAUCAAUAUUGCAUUGAACGGGGAGCUGCUGCUAAUGCUGAUAUUUUCACUACCGUAUCCGAUAUUACGGGUCUAGAAGCGGAAUACCUCCUCAAGCGCAAACCCGAUAUCAUCACCCCUAAUGGACUCAACGUUAUCAAAUUCGCUGCUCUGCACGAAUUCCAGAACCUCCACGCCAUUGCCAAAGAGAAGAUUAAUAAUUUUAUUCGCGGGCACUUCCAUGGGCAUUUAGACUUCGAUUUGGAAAAAACGUUGUAUUUCUUCACGGCUGGAAGAUACGAAUUCACAAACAAGGGCGGAGAUCUAUUCAUUGAAUCCCUGGCCCGCCUUAACUAUUAUCUCCAAUCCACCACCGACCCGAGGUUUGAGGGAGUCACUGUUGUCGCGUUCCUUAUUUACCCAGCUCCCUCCAACAGCUUCAACGUCGAAUCGCUGAAAGGGCAGGCUGUAACCAAGCAGCUUCGCGAGACCAUUGACAAAAUCAAAGAAUCGAUGGCUGCUCGACUUUUUGAAGACUGUCUCCGCGGAAAGAUGCCCGAACAGCACGAUGACUUCCUGUUGCCGAAUGAACGGAUUAUGGUCCUAGAGACGUUGAGGCGUUGUAAUUUGCUCAAUCAACGCCACGAUCGCGUGAAGGUGGUAUUCCAUCCAGAAUUCCUUUCCUCUGUCUCUCCAUUGAUUGGUCUGGAUUAUGAAGAUUUCGUUCGCGGAUGCCAUCUGGGUGUUUUCCCGUCUUAUUAUGAACCCUGGGGAUAUACCCCUGCCGAAUGUACGGUAAUGGGAAUCCCAUCAGUCACAACAAAUCUGAACAUCUCAAAGAUCAUGAAGAAAAAGGACUUUACAUUGUCGAUCGCAGAUUCACAUCCGUUGGGGAACAACUGCGAGCGAGUCUCCGAAAUCCUCGAUUGGAAACGAUUGGCCAUUUUCUAUCAAAAUGCUCGUCACCAAGCCCUCGAACGUAAAUACCCGAAUUUGGAGGAUAUCAUGUUCCAUCUGCCGCCGCUUCUCGUCGCCCGUCGAUCCAUGAAUCCUCUGACGAAGAAGCUGAUUAAAUGCUACCCACGAAUCUUUUAUCGCCGAAAGGAUGUUAUUUUGGAAAAACAUUGGAAAUCGGUAAUACAUCGCUCGAUAUGUGAUUAUUUCUUUGAUGCGCAAAGAAAGGUAUCAUCACCAGAAGAUGUACCGCCAAUUAUAUCAACCCCCCAUCACUAUCUGAUCUCAGUUUAUCACAAUCAAGUAUAUCUCCUCGCGGUCACUACAACUGAAACUCCUCCUUUGAUUGUCCUCGAAUUCCUCCAUCGCGUCGUCCAAACCUUCACUCAAUAUUUUGACGAAUGCUCAGAUAGCGCCAUCAAGGAAAACAUCGUUAUUGUUUUUGAGCUUCUCGACGAAAUGCUGGAUAAUGGCUAUCCCCUCGUCACCGAGCUGAAUAUUCUACAAGACUUGAUAAAACCUCCAAAUUUUUUGCGGAAUAUUGCAAACCAGGUUACUGGGCGCACGAAUGUCUCUGAAGUACUACCAACUGGGCAAUUAUCAAAUAUUCCUUGGAGGAGACAAGGCGUAAAAUAUACAAAUAACGAAUCUUACUUUGACGUUAUCGAAGAAAUUGAUGCAAUUAUCGACAAACAAGGUGCUACUGUAUUUGCGGAAAUUCAGGGAUAUAUUGAUUGUUGCUGCAAGCUUUCCGGGAUGCCAGAUCUAACAAUGACACUAGUGAAUCCACGGCUCUUAGAUGACGUCUCAUUCCAUCCUUGUGUUCGAUUCAAGAGAUGGGAGAAUGAACGAGUGCUUUCCUUUGUCCCGCCAGAUGGAAAUUUUCGACUUCUUUCGUAUCACAUUGCUGCUCAAAACAUGGUUGCCAUCCCGGUCUACGUACGCCAUUCAAUCCUAUUAAAAGGUGGCGGAGGCAGACUCGAAUUGACUGUUGGACCGAAACAGAGUAUGGGAAAAAUGUUAGAAGACGUGGUGGUCGAAAUGGCGAUGCCAAAGGCCGUUAUGAAUUGCAAUCUAAUGCCAUCACAUGGAAAGUAUGCCUUCGAUCCGACGAGCAAGCUGCUCCAGUGGACCAUUGGAAAAAUUGAGCUCGGGAAACCACCAACUCUCAAGGGAUCGGUCUCUGUUUCUGGCACGGCCGUUUGUGAAUCGCCACCAAUUACAGUGAAAUUUAAGAUUAACCAGCUAACUGUUUCUGGUCUAAAAGUCAACCGCCUCGAUAUGUACGGCGAAAAAUAUAAACCCUUCAAAGGCGUCAAAUACAUCACUAAAGCUGGCCGCUUCCAGGUCCGGACA